AUGAUUGAACUAGUUAUAUAUUUGUGCAAAAUUAAAUGGGUUGUCCUUUGUACGAUUUUUGUUAUUGCUACAGCUGCUGGUAGACAACCAGUUGGACGCCAACAACAACGACCACAAGCUCGUGCACAGGCACGUCCAGUGCCAGCACCACGUGCCUCACCAUUAGCUAAAUCUGCUGCAGCACAUGCAGCUGCAGCUGGUGAUGAUUCCGGUAUAUUAACAAAAUCAUAUGAUUUAAGUCCAGACGGUUCAUAUGCAUGGGAAUAUGAAACCGCUAAUGGUAUUAGUGCAUCUGAAAAUGGUGUCGGUGGGCAAUACGCUAAAGGUGCUGCUGAAUGGACUAGCCCUGAAGGUGAACAUAUCAUUUUACAAUAUACUGCUGAUGAAAAUGGUUAUCAACCAUCGGGAUCACAUGUACCACAAGUUCCAGAAUAUAUUACACGUGCAUUAGAAUGGAUUAGAACUCAUCCAAAUCCUGAAUAUCAAAAUUAUUAG